AUGAUUAUUGGAUGGUUAUCAUUAUUAAUAAUAACUAGUAUUAUAUCGUUUAAUAAUGCUAAUCCAACAAAUUAUACUAUUGAACCACGUCAUAUACCAGUACGAUUUUUUAAACCUAUCAUUGCACCAAGUCUAGCAAGCCGGUGCUAUGGAUGUCUUGUACCGUCAUCUGACUGUACAGUACCUUGUUCGAGUCCUCAGCGUUGUUUUAUACGUGGACGAACACCAUUCAAUAAAGUUACCGAUCGUCGUUGUACUGACGAACGAUGGGUACGUGAUUUGCUCGUCGAUGGUUGUCUAACAUACAAUGGUCUUUAUUGGUGUAUGUGCUCAACUGAUUUAUGUAAUACCGGUGAUUUUAAUUCUAUUCGUGGUUUUGAUGAUUGUUCAAAUAAUCCUUGCCCAUCGGGUACUAUAUGUCUUGAUACAAAAGAUGGAUUCAGUUGUAUUUGUCCACCGUGGCAAGAAGAUUGUACUUAUGCUUUUACUGUUGGCUGUACAUGUAAGAAUGGUGGUCGAUGUAUGAUGGGUCUUGGAACAUACAUUUGUGAAUGUCCAUUUGGUUAUACUGGAGUCAAUUGUGAAACAAGAUUUCGUCGACAAAGUUAUUCAUUAUCACCAUCAUCAUCACGAUGUCCGAGUCCAUGUGAACAACGAACAUGUACAUAUCGUCAGUCAGGUCUCGGCUUGGCACCAUCGAGUUGUACAUGUUUACCACCUAGUCACUAUUCUAACACUAGAAAUCGAGCUCCACCACAACCAUACGUUGCUUGUAAUCCAAACCCUUGUCAACAUGGACAAUCAUGUCAUUCGUUAACACCAUCCAGUUUCUUCUGUAUGUGUCAAAAAGCUUAUAUUGGUCCUCUAUGUGAACGAUCAAAUCCUUGUGCUCAGUAUCCAUGUCCUAGUAGUCAACGAUGUGUUGUUAAUAGUCAAAGAAGGGCUGUUUGUGUGUGUAAUCCACCAUACUGUCCACGUCGUGAUGCUUGUGUACCAAACCCAUGCCAAAACGGGGGCUCAUGUGUUUUUGAUGAACCGACAGGAGCUUUUCGUUGUUAUUGUCCACCAGGAUAUACAGGCCGUACAUGUGAUAUCGGUUCAAAUCCAUGUGCACAGAAUCCAUGCUUAAACAAUGGUAUUUGUAUGCCAAGUGGGACUUCUUAUGUUUGUUCAUGUCAAAAUGGAUUUUCUGGACAACGUUGUGAAAUACGUGAUCCUUGCGCAACAAAUCCAUGUUUGAAUGGUGGUCAAUGCCAUCCGAAUGGAAUGGUAGGCUUCACAUGUAUGUGUAUUCAACCAUAUACAGGACAACGAUGUGAAGAUCGCGAUCCUUGUGCUUUACAACCAUGCAUGAAUCAAGGCACUUGCAUAAGAGAAAAUGGUGGUUUUCGUUGUACAUGUCCACCAGGAUACUCAGGGAAUCUAUGUGAGGUACAAGAUACAUGCCAAAGUAAUCCAUGCAUGAAUGGUGGUACAUGUCAAUCAAUAAAUGGAAAUGGUGGCUAUCAAUGCUUGUGUCCCAAUGGAGAUGCUUGUACUCCGAAUCCUUGUUUGAAUGGCGCAGCAUGCAUUCCGAACGACUUUGGAGGAUUUAGUUGUCAAUGUUUACCUGAAUUCACUGGUCAACGAUGUGAAGAUCGUAAUCCUUGCGCUUCACAACCAUGCAUGAAUCAAGGCACUUGCAUGAGAGAAAAUGGUGGUUUUCGUUGUGUAUGUCCACCAGGAUACUCAGGAAGUCGAUGUGAAAUACAAGACGCAUGUCAAAGUAAUCCAUGCAUGAAUGGUGGUAUAUGUCAACCUAUGAACGGAAAUGGUGGCUUUCAAUGUAUAUGUGCCUCUGGUUUUAGUGGUCUCCAAUGUGAAACUAGAGAUCCAUGUGCAACAAAUCCUUGUUUAAAUGGUGGUCAAUGUUUUCCGACUCAUAAUGGUGGAUUUAUGUGUCAAUGUCCUACUGGAUUUAGUGGUCUACGAUGUGAAGAUCGUGAUCCUUGUGCUUCUCAGCCAUGCAUGAAUCAAGGCACGUGCAUAAGAGAAAAUGGUGGUUUUCGUUGUACAUGUUCACCAGGAUACUCAGGAAAUCUAUGUGAAAUACAAGAUGUAUGUCAAAGUAAUGCAUGCAUGAAUGGGGGUACAUGUCAGCCUUUGAAUGGCAAUAGUGGCUUUCAAUGCAUAUGUCCCUCUGGUUUUAGUGGUCCGCAAUGUGAAACUAAAAAUCCAUGUGCUCAAAACCCUUGUUUGAAUGGUGGUCAAUGUGUUCCGAAUAGUUUCGGAGGUUUUACAUGUGCCUGUGUUCCUCCCUAUACAGGUCAACGAUGUGAAGAUUCAAAUCCAUGUGCAAGUAACCCGUGUGGUAGCAAUGGACAAUGUCUUCAAAGUAAUGGUGGCUUUUAUUGUGAAUGUAAUCUCGGAUAUUUUGGAAAUCAAUGCGAGCGCCUUGUUUGCACGCCUAAUCCUUGCACGAAUGAUGGUACAUGUGAACCUCGUCCUAAUGGUGUCUUUCAUUGCAACUGUCCACCUGAUUAUGAAGGACAACGUUGCGAAUUUCGUAAAGUUUGUGAACCCAAUCCAUGUAUCAACGGCGGAACAUGCAGUCCAUAUGGUCUCGAUACAUAUUCUUGCAAUUGUCCAUUUGGUUAUACGGGUAGAAAUUGUGAAAAUCGUGAUCCAUGUAUUCCUAAUCCCUGCCAAAAUAGCGGUCGUUGUCGAUCAAAUAUAGCUGCAGGCACCUAUGUAUGUGAUUGUCCUGCUAAUUUUAUUGGUCAAAAUUGUGAAACAAGUGAUCCUUGUGCAACAAAUCCAUGUUUGAAUGGUGGUCAAUGUGUACCGAAUGGUUAUGGCGGAUUCACAUGCAGAUGUUCAGACCCUUAUACAGGUCAACGUUGUGAAGAGCAUAUCGAUCCAUGUAUUAGUCAGCCGUGUCGAAAUGGAGGUACUUGUCAACCACUCAGCAGUAAUUCGUAUCAAUGUAUCUGUCCAUCUGGUUACUCAGGCUUUGAUUGUUCAAUACGUGAUCCAUGCGCAACAAAUCCUUGUUUGAAUGGUGGUCAAUGUUUUCCGACUAAUAAUGGUGGAUUUAUGUGUCAAUGUCCUAGUGGAUUCAGUGGUCAACGAUGUGAAGAUCGUGAUCCUUGUGCUUUACAACCAUGCAUGAAUCAAGGCACGUGCAUAAGAGAAAAUGGUGGUUUUCGUUGUACAUGUCCACCAGGAUACUCAGGGAAUCUAUGUGAAAUACAAGAUGCAUGUCAAAGUAAUCCAUGCAUGAAUGGUGGUACAUGCCAACCUAUGAAUGGCAAUGGUGGUUAUCGAUGUGUAUGUCCCUCUGAUUUCACAGGUUCACAAUGUGAAACACGAGAUGCAUGUAUACCAAAUCCUUGUCUAAAUAAUGGUGCCUGUAUACCAAAUGGAUAUGGCGGUUUUACAUGUCAAUGUCCUGCAGGUUUUUCUGGUCAACGAUGUGAAGAUCAAGAUAGUUGUGCUGCUCAACCAUGUCAAAAUCGAGGUGUUUGUGUUAGUUCAGAAGAUGGUUCAUAUGUAUGUCAAUGUCGUACAGGCUUUCAAGGACGACAUUGUGAACAAAUUGAUAUAUGUGGAGUGAAAAAUCCAUGUACUUGUGGUACAUGUCAAAAUGAUCCAUCUAAUCCACAAGGUUUUAUUUGUUUCUGUCCACCUGGUUAUUCGGGUAGCCGAUGUGAAACAAUACUCAGCUGUAUGGAUAGCGGAGAGGAAUGUUUGAAUGGAGGUCAAUGUACGCAACGUCCACUUGGUGAUUAUGUUUGUUCAUGUCCUUAUCCUUAUUGUGGUCUUCGUUGUCAAUCUCAACGACCAUACUGUGGUACGAUGAAUACGUAUCCACCACCUGCAACUACAGGAGGUUCUGUUUCUUCAUGUUCUUCAAGCCUAUGUAAUAAUCAUGGUAUAUGUCAAGAAACUGGUCAUGAAAGUGGCAUUCAAUGUUAUUGUUCAACAGGCUGGUCAGGUUCACGAUGUCAAUAUAGCUUAUCAUGUAAGGAUCAGCAAUGUCACAAUGGUGGAGUAUGUCGUGAGAUAGCAGAGAAUAUCAGUGUAUGUCAAUGUUUACCACAGUUUUGGGGAGAACGAUGCGAGCAUGCGUAUGAAUCCGGGUCACAACCAGGUUACGAUGAGCACCAACAACAGAACAAUCAUAACCAGUACCAUAACGCUUAUUCGCCGGCAGCGGACAUAACACAAAGAAGUGCAUCAAAUCCAACAAAAAAACGUAAACAAAUCAGCAAAAAUUAA